AUGCUCCCUGCUGCCCUUGUGCCAGAAACUGGCAGUGGGCACUCCAGGGCGGGUCCCACCGCGACCGUAUCUCCUCAGGCUUGGACUCUGGAGGCAGCAGGGGAUGGCGGCCCUGACAAAGCGCUGGCAAUUUUCCAUCACCCAGUCAGGCUCCUCUGGCCCAAGUCCAAGUCCUUUGACUAUCUGUACGGCGUGGGGGAGAAGCUGCUGCAGAACUUCCCAGUGCAGGCCACGCUCUGCUUCUAUGAGGACUCGGACAGUGAGGAGGAGGAGGAGGAAGAGGAUGAAGAGGAUGAAGAAGAGGUGGAAGAAGAGGCAGGGGACAUGGCGGCAGGUCCCCCACUGCAGGCAGGCAGCCCUGGCAGGCCGGCGUGA